AUGGCUGCAGUUGUCUUCUGUUGGGUCGACGUCGUCCUCGUGAAGCUCUCCGAAGCUAUCGUCACGCUUUCGAGCCGUUUCGUCGGCGACAACACUGCUCUUCAAAGUAAUCGUAAAUUGGCAAGUCUUGAGAGACAGAAGGAAGAAGCAGCGAUCAUUGCCGCCACGCAACUUCCCCACGAAUGGUCUUCUGUGCACACUCGCUUAGCAUCACAGCAUCUGUCCCCUGCAGUACAGCGCCUGGCCCUGCAUCUCUUGUUCGCUUCUAAUGUCAUUGUGCCACAACUAUCCAAAGUAUUUCACCAAACCGUCUGCAUACAUCCGCACGAUCUGGGAGAAUCACUACAUUCUUACAUUGUGCGGCUGUCUGGCGUAAACGGCGAUGUCGGUGAGGCACCUCGCCCUCUCGAUAUCCAGGAUAGAGAUUCUAUCGCGAUGGCUUUAGUCCUCCUCUCAGUCGCAGAUUUGUCUUCGCGACGACCGCGUUCGCCUAACUCGCCCUUGUCAUAUCGACCAUACACUCAAAAUAUAUUCCUCCAAGUUAUCCAAGACCUUCUGGACGAUAACAAAAGUAUCCCCGAUCGGGACUCCGUUGUGCCGAGAGAGACGCUGGAUUCUGCUCUGAUUAUCCUUUUGCAUUGGGGUAGCUUUAUCCCUUGGUGUUGGAGCUCGUGGACAGACUCUCGGCACACAGACCACGAAACGGUCUUACAUUUGACUGCGACUUGGCUAUAUCACUUGGACAGCUCUCCCGAGGCGACUUGGAUGGAUGGACUCGAUGAUGCCUUGAAGCAAAAUCCCCAGUCGGCCGGAUACACUUUCAUGCAUAUGUUGCGCCAUGAUGUGGAUUUAUUUUCAGAUGCACAGGUCUCAGAGUUGACUCUGAAUGUCCUGAGAAAGUGCACAUGGGCGGCUACACAAUUGUUAGACCCGUGCUUGGACGAUGAAUGUAUAUCGUUGGCGCACGGUAUGGCAGCGGGACUAGUUCCCCUCUUCGUCUUGACAUUGUCAUAUACUGGAGAUGACGUUCUGUCAUUAAGAGAUUCGACGCUGGAGGCUCUCACCUUUAUCGACUCAACUGUAUUCCAGAUAGUUGUCCGAAGCUUGCAAGAGGAAACAGGCCCAUCACUAGCAGCCCUACUGGAUCGCGCACUACAAGCGCUAGGAAGAAUCGUCAAGGCAGCUCGCCUGACUGGAGUUCUUCGACAGGAGCACGUCCUGAACAUCGCACACAUGCUCCACUUCUUCACCAUUCUGUGGCACAAACAAACUUCCACACUUGUCCAUCCAACGUCCAUAACUUCGUUCCUGUCACGCCUCAUGGACUUCUUCUCCGAAUACCCGAUGCGACAUCCAGCUCUUCUGACCGCUCUGUUGACCUGUGUCUGCGCCUAUGAGAUGUUCCGCAGGUCUUCUGGUGACGAUUCAGACAGGGCGUGGGGAGACAUCACACUUUUCUAUCAGCUAGCUCUUAGCUCUCGUUCAACAAAAAUACUAUCCACAGGCAAGCGACCCAUCCUCUCAUCCUACAUCAUUGCUACGGCCAAACAACUCGUCGAGGAUCCUCUCACCUGCGCUGAAGUCGCAUCUGAAAUCAUUUCUGUUCUCCUGCUCAUUCUAACUAACCGCAUCCUCGCGGAUGAACUACCUCUGGCUUUACUGUCCUCGCCGUCCCUAUGCCGAGCUCUUAGAACGCUGAUAUGUGUUGCCGGGCAUGGUCUGAAGCUAAAGAUGCUUUUGGAGACACCCGACGAAGGACUGUCCACCGAGCGCCUGAUCCUCAAACAGAGGCUGGCCUCACACGGGAAGGCGCUGUUGACCACACUGAAACAGCAGGACACGGAAACCCCCAAUGCAGGGAAGUCGAAUAAUCAGGAGCUACACUUGUCCUCUUCGUAUCUGGUGUAUUACCGUGCCCCACUGGUCGCGCAGAUUGUACUAGUCACGGAAGCAGAAGUCUAA